AUGAAACAAAGAGGAUGGGAGCUGAGAAGGGCGAGAGGACGGUGGAUGUGCUCCGUGGUUGCGGUACUUUUGUGGAGCGUGGCCACGGCGCAGUUGCGGUAUUCAAUCUCUGAGGAGGUUAACGAAGGAACUGUGGUUGGAAAUGUCGCAAAAGAUCUUGGAUUAGAUAAGAACACGCUGAGAGAGAGGAAGUAUCGCAUCGUUUCCAGUAACGCGGAUCCUCUUUUCCAUGUAAAUCAGAACGAUGGCAUCCUGUAUGUGAGCCGGAAGAUUGACAGAGAGGAGGUGUGCGCGCAGAUCAGUACGUGUUUAAUCAAUCUAAAAACCGUGUUAGAAAACCCACUGGAGGUGCACUAUGUGGGAGUGGAGGUGCUGGAUAUAAAUGAUCAUUCUCCAAGUUUUCUGGAGCAGGAAAAAACGUUGGAGAUUUCAGAGUCCGUGUUACUCGGAGCACGUAUUCCCCUGAAAGCAUCACGGGAUCCAGACGGCGGUCAUUUUUCUGUUCAGCAGUAUAAACUCAGCCCAAACGACCACUUCCGGCUGGAGGUUAAGGAUAAGGGAGAAGAUGGUAAAAUACCCAUUUUAAUUGUGCAAAAAUCUUUGGAUAGGGAGGCAGCAGAAAGUCACUCAUUAGUGCUGACUGCUCUGGAUGGAGGAAAACCUCCAAAAACUGGUGAAAUGAAUAUACUAGUUAAGGUUUUAGAUGUUAAUGAUAACACUCCAGUUUUUUCUCAGGACGUUUAUUCUGUGAUGCUGAAUGAAAAUGUUCCAGUUGAAACAAUUGUCAUACAAGUGAAUGCAACUGAUGUAGACGAAGGACCAAAUGGAGAUGUAGUUUAUUCGUUCAGCAACAGUGUGAGCCAUAGAUUGUUAAAGCUUUUUGAUAUCAAUCCAUCGACAGGUGAAAUAACUGUUAAAGGAUUAAUCAACUUUGAGGACAAGGAUAAAUAUGAAAUUGAAAUUCAAGCAUCAGAUAAAGGUCUUGCUCCUCUAUCGACUCAAAAAAGUGUCAUUAUCAAGAUAGUUGAUGUGAAUGACAAUGCACCUGAGAUUGAGGUCACCUCUUUUUCAAGCUCCAUCCCUGAAGACUCUAGACCUGGAACUACAGUUGCUCUUAUCAGUGUAAAUGACUUGGACUCUGGUCUUAAUGGAAAAGUAAUUUGCUCCAUCGUUGAGAAUGUUCCUUUUAUUUUAACACCAUCUUUACAAGAUAAGAUGUAUUCGUUAGUAACCAAAUCCCCUCUGGACAGAGAGAAACUGUCACAUUAUGAGUUGACAAUAACUGCAACAGAUGCUGGUCAACCUCCAUUAUCGUCUGAGAAGACAAUAAGUGUUGUGGUGUCAGAUGUGAAUGACAACAGUCCACAGUUUUCACUGAGCCCUUAUACUUUCUAUGUGACAGAGAGUAACAAUCCAGGUACCUCUGUGUUUUCUGUCAAAGCUUUUGAUGCUGAUGAGAAUGAGAAUGCACAUAUUUCCUAUCAUAUUCUCAGAGAUGGAAGCAAAGAUAAUAAACUGACUUCAUUUCUAAACAUUAACUCUGAGAACGGAGACAUCAUGGCUCUAAAAAGUUUUGACUUUGAAACACUGAAAACCUUUAAGUUCCACGUUGUAGCGUCAGAUUCCGGAACUCCGUCACUGAGCAGCAACGUCACAGUGAACGUGUUCAUUCUGGAUCAGAACGACAACGCUCCAGUCAUCCUGUAUCCAGUCAGCUCCAACGGUUCUGCUGAAGGUGUGGAGGAGAUUCCUCGCAAUGUGAACGCUGGACACUUGGUGACUAAAGUCAGAGCCUAUGACGCUGAUAUAGGAUAUAACGGCUGGUUACUGUUUUCACUGCAGGAAGUUACUGACCACAGUCUCUUUGGUUUGGACCGCUAUACAGGACAGAUCAGAACACUUCGCUCAUUCACAGAGACAGACGAGGCUGAGCACAAGCUGCUCAUACUGGUCAAAGACAAUGGGAACGUGUCACUCUCAGCAAUAGCUACUGUCAUCGUCAAAGUUGUGGAGCCCAAAGAAGCUUUUGCAGCUUCUGAUGUGAAAAGUUCGUCAAAUGCAGAUGAGGACAAUAAUGUGACUUUUUACCUGAUGAUAACUGUGGGCUCAGUUUCAGCUCUUUUUCUCGUCAGUAUCAUCGUGCUGAUUUCAAUGCAGUGCUCAAAGUCCACAGACUACACCUCUAAAUAUCUGCCAGAGCCUAAUUAUGAUGGGACACUGUGUCACAGCAUCCAGUACAGAUCUGGAGACAAACGCUACAUGUUAGUUGGACCCAGGAUGAGUAUAGGAUCUACUAUAGCCCCAGGAAGCCAUGCCAAUACACUAAUGCUCCCUGACAGGAGGGGGGCAUCUGGAGAGGUAAGAAAUGUUGCUUUUUAUCAGAGCAAAAAUCCACAUCCUAAAUACACAUUUGCCAAAAUUACUAAAUCACACACCUUUUCCAAACAGCUGGACAUAAAAUUACUUUAUAAACAUGAAGGAAAUGGGGAGGUUUCUUGUUUUUGA